AUGAACAUGAGCAUUCAUAAUCAUAGCACUGCAGAUAAUUGUCAACAGGAACGACAAUUUAUCACUCAAGGCGAAUAUUUAUCAUCAUCACUUUCGUUAUCUGGAUUACCACCUGAAAUUCUUAUUUACAAUAUUUUUUCACAUUUGACAUUUAUUGAUUUAUGCUCACUUUCACAAGUGAACAAAAUUUUGAAAACAUUCAUCGAUACAAAUGAUGGAUUAUGGAAAAAUGCCAUUAAAAAUGAAAUGUUAGAUGAAUCAUCAUUACAUGAGAAAGUAUUUGAAAAUGAAAAAUUAAAAUUUCAGUAUUUAUAUAAACAACGACAAAAACAAGGAUUAAUAUUUGUGAAGAAAAUCAUCGCAUGUGGUCAAUAG